AUGCCUGCCCGUAGGACGAUGAGGGCCCAGCUUGAUACUAGGACUGUCACAGAGACACCACCGAGCGUAGAUGAGAGGAUCCCGGAUCCACUCGAUAGUCCAGAUGAUGAUGAAGUAGUUGUAGCCAGCGUGGAUGAGGUAUUGUAUGAGGCGCUUGUGGAUCCGUAUGAUAACAGAAGAGCUGUUGAUGUGAGAGUCGUUUGGCUUGACUGUACUGUAGUUGAGCUAGGGUUGCCAGAAAAGGACGACGAUGGAAGCUGUGUAGCUGCUGAGGCCGAAAUUGAUGUUGAUGGAGUUCCGGGCGCUCCGCUGAGCGUGGACGAGGGAGCACCCGAUGCGCUGCUCGAUCCGGAAGAUAACGAAGAAUUUGUGGCCGUGGGAAGCGAUUGGAUUGACGAGGACGACGACUGUAACGAGCUCGAGCCAGAAGUGUUGAACAAAGAUGAUGGAAUCAAUGUAGCCGACAAGACCGGAACAGAUGUCGAAGGAGUUCCGGAGACUGCGCUAAGCGUAGAAAUGAGAGCAUCCGAGCCGCUCGUCAAUCCAAAUGACAGUAAUAACGCUGUGGCUGUCGGCGAUAGCGAAACAGACGGGGACGAAGUUCGUGAUGCUAUCGUUGGUUUGAGUAUACCAAAAUUGCCGAGCGACAUAUUUGGGGUUGGUAUUGAUAUCGGACUCAGAGACGAGCUGAACGUACCACCGAGCGUAGAGAAUGAGGCUCCAGAUGCACUGGCUGACUCGGCUACCAAUGAAGACAAUGUGGGGAAGAAACCACUCGACAAAGACAAAAUAGAUGAUUUGAUGCCGGAUCCAAUGGCUAGACCGAAUGAAGAUGAAGAUGCUAUAGGAAACAGCGUCGUGGCGGGAGCGGACAUCCCUGAAGUCGAAUAUGCGGCUGCUGAACUAUUGGAAGAUAAAAACGUGCUAGCACUCAGGGGAGAAAUACUAGAAGCUCCGAUAGUGAUUGCCAGAAUGCCAGGACUGGUGAUUGGGAGAAUAAUGCUUGAUAGAUUGCUAGUCGGGAAGAGGCUAGUGGUAGAACUGUUGAUAAUUUGGAGACUUAUCGUUGGCGGACUGGUGACAGGGAGACUGGUGACCAAAACGAUGGUGGCAGAGAUGCUGCCGCUAAUGGAUGGUAGACCGGAGCUGGAGACCGGAGGCGAUCCUAGGGCAAAUGUGGCCAUCGAGGAUGUUCCAGAGGGUAAGAUUGUGAAUGAACUCGACUGUAGUAUGGAUGAUGAUUGCGAGCUAGAGGAAUUUGCAUUGCUGGUCGGUGUAGAAAGGAAUGAGAUCAAUGACGGUGUCGCGACUACUACCGCUGAGCUAGAUAGGAGUGCGGUGGUGUUUAAGGAUACUGAAGAGACUGGAUAUAUCGACGAGCUUGAAGGUGUGCCACUUUGAGGAGGCGAGUUCGACCAGGUAUCUG